AUGUCGUCUGCUUUGCCGCUCAAAGUCACACCCGCUACCCCCGCAAAGAUGGCAGACGACCGCGACAAUAAGACACCUAUCCCACCCGUAAAAACACCGGGAGCCGCAACCAUACGGCCGUCCGAUAUUUCAAGUCCACACGAGCUAACAGCUUUCGUUGAGACCCUGCUUGAGCAGUUAGACUCCAAAUUUGAUGAGAUGUCCAGUCAGAUCCUCGACCGCAUGAAUCAGAUGUCUUCACGCGUCGAUGCUCUUGAAGCCUCCAUACAAGAUAUUAUCAACGGCGACAUUGGCGUUCCUCAAUCACCUUCACCAAUCCCGAGCCGGAGAAGUACCAGCACCAGCGAGGCAUAUUAG